CCGCCUAUGCAGAUGAUCUCUGCCUUUGGAGCGUCGGGUAUCUCCAAGAAGAAGCCGAUUACCGUCUCAACUAUAACCUUCGCCUCAUCGAGACUUGGGCUACUGCCAAUGGCAUGGCCUUGUCCCCUAAUAAAACUCAACUAAUUUAUUUCCGCCGAUGUCGUAAGCGAGUCCCUCAUCUUCAAACAGUGUCUCUCAACUCAGAGUGGUUGACACCUGUCAACGAAGUCCGGAUAUUGGGGAUUACGUUCGAUUGCUCCCUCACCUGGGCGGCGCAAAUCGAACAUAUUCGUCGUGUAGUGCGACAACGCUCCUCGGUGUUACGCCGAUUGAAUGCCACACCAACGAAGUUGCUUCGCCGCAUCUACCUUCAAUUCCUCCAAUGGCCUUUUACCUUGGGAUGUACAGCUUGGACUUGGAAUCUUUCCAAGUUUCGCUGGAACAGGCUAUUGGGAUGUUAUCGGAUGAGCAUCAAGGCACUACUUGGCUGUCGAACUACUUCUUCCCCUUCUCUAGUCCAGCGUUUGGCACAACUUCCUCCUCUAGAGCGAUUAAUCCUCUCCCGCUGUGACAAGGUUCUUGAGUGUUGCAGUAGAUUG